GAUGCACCAGGAUCCAAUGUAGUAACUGUGAUCUUCCAUAUUCUUGUUCCACAUAGCUUAGUCGAGGGGAACAGAAAAAUGUUACUUAUGACAAGCAUGCAUGAAUUCGGAGGCUGGAAAAGUAGACAAAACGUGUUACAAGUUGUCAGUGAAAACAGUGAGUACGUGGAAAUGAAAAUUGCAAUGAAAAUAUCGAGAUAUUUGCUUACACUUGGGAAUCCGGUAAGAUAUAAAUAUGCUGUAUGCAGUCAUGGGGAACAGAAACACUUUUUUGACUGGGAAGAUUAUUGCUCUAGCGAUUCUAGCGAUACGUUUAAUAACAGAAGGUUAUACAUAAAUAGAGAACUGCUAGCAAAUAAAGACCAAUGGCAUCAAUAUGACGGAUAUGUGACAUUGAAACUGAAUGAAAACAUCAUUAAAAGGGGUUUUAACUUGAUUUUUGGACGUCACGAAAGGAGUCAUUCGUUUCAUGCAUCAAUGUAUGCAGAACACUUUUGUCCGGCGUGGUUCAGAUCUACUUUCAGUGAGACAGAAACCACAACUACGCCCAUAGAAUCAGUGCACCAACUAAUAUGUUUGUACAAUGGACUUCGAAAAGCAUAUUACGUUGAUAAUCGAUUGUUUCCAGAUGAAAAGGAGUAUGGAAAAAGCUUUGUGACAUGGAUACUAACUCCAAUGGUUGAAUCCCUUAUUCGUGGAAACACAGCAUCGACUAGUCUUCAAAUACGAGUAGUGCGUGCCAUCUGCAUUGUUUUGGUUUGUGGUGAAGUUGAUAUUCCACUUGAUGAAACCAAUUGGCAAAGAACUUGUAAAUGUUUGCUGGUAAAAGGGGAUGCACACAACAAAACAUGCAUUGAACUAAGCGAUGUACUGAAAUACUUCCCAGAAAAAAAGCCACUGGUCCAAUCAUUACAAAAGUUUCUUGAAAAGGUGAAUACAUUUGGAAAGAAUCCAUAUUGGCUAUACGGUAUGCCACUUCUUCAUUUCUUAGAAGGUUUGUGUAAUCCAUUUGAUGAACCAACAACUGAAUGGAAUCAUGCGGAUUAUGUGCCAAAAUGGUGGGGAAUUGCCAAAAUCGAGAAAACAGUAACUGCCUUUAAACAAGAUGGUCACAAUUGGAAAUUCAAUCUAAGAGAUGUUUUGAAAAUCCUUCAACCAUUGUUUGAAGUAGAUUUUUACCUGCCUCGAACAAUAGCGGCUUGUUUAAAACCAUUUGAGUUAAGGGAAAUAAUCGCAGAGGAUGUGUUUCCUGUUGAUGUAUGCUGUGCGACAAUCUGUUAUUAUAUCAAAGAUUCAAACCAAAUUACUGGGGGUCUAACGUCGACAUUUGAUGUAAAUGGAGAAGAAAAGACUGUCAUUGAAUGUGUUGAAAAACUGAUGAAAAGACUUCGGUGUUUUGCGGUUAAUGAAGAGAGAUCGGAAAUACGAUGGCUACAAGCUUAUUCUAUUGCAUUUGAUGCAGUUAAAGAAACAAGGUUUACAAACAGAACUUUAAAAGUCAUGUAUACCUCUCACAUAUUCCUCCACUGUGCUUCAAUAUACAAAAACAUCUGUCGACAUUCUGAUUAUGGAGAACAAAAGAUCGAAGCCAUAGAAAAGAAGCAUACAGAAGUAAGAACGCAAGUGAUAAACUGGCUCAUGCUUUAUGAAUACGAUAAAUGGGCAGAACGAAUGGCUGAACGAAUGAAAGUUUGGAAUUAUGUUUUCGUAGAGGAACUACAAAAUGAAGAUGUAAAGCAUUGCUGGAAUACAGAUAUGUCAAUGACCUUAAGUAACAGAAUUCAGAACAUACUACAAAAGGACGUUACUUCUGCUUUCAUGCACAACUUCUCAAAAAACAUAGAUGCAUACAGCAAACCGAUGAAAGACUGCCUGAACGAACUUGCUUUGAAGGCCAUUGGAUCCGGUAGUGACUUAGAGUUCAUAUCCCUUGGAAAUACCGAAACAAAAAAGUUUUCUGCACAUAUAUCAGAAAUGUUUUUACGAGAAUGGCGCAAGGUGAAAGUGGAUGGUGAAGAUGUGAAGGAAACGCAAAUUUUAAAAAUGGUUUUCACGUGGUUACCAUUUAAACAGUUUUUGAAAAGUUUAUAUAAAUACGAAAAAUGUAGAAGUUGUCUUUCCGAAGAAUGCCGGACAAAUCUACAAGUUGCAGUGACUGUUUUAAGAUCCCAAGCUGAGGCCAUUAUAGAAGGCAAUGUCACGAUAGGUAUUCUUAGAAUGAUUCAAACAAACGAAAAUACCUUUUGCGAUAUCAUACGAGAAAUUUAUGCAGAUGAUGGUAUUUUCUCUGUUCUUGUGAAAAAGGCAAUAGGGAUAAGAAUAAAAGAAGUUGACGCAUUUGAACUACAGGCUGACCAAAUGAAGACACUACUAGAUUUAUGCUCACACUGCAGUUCAGUAUGUGUAAAUGACAUACAGACAGUUCUUCAAAAACAAGUUGAAAUGGAACAGUAUCCUGUCUCGGAAUUUUGCAAGACUAGUUGCAUAGACUCAGAAACAAACGCAGAUUGUUUUUACCCCGAAAUUUGUGCUUUCGAUAUAUCGGACACUGUGUAUGGAAUACUAGAAGAACUGAAAAUGUAUAAAGCUAGCUUUGUUUUUAAUAAAAUGUGGAUUGAUGGAUGCAACGGCUUUCGUGAAGAAAUUCAUACUAUUGAUGACCUUGUACGACUAUUGUGGUUUCCGAUAAAAGAGAGAUUUGAUGUUUUUUCCAAAAGCGUUAGAACUGGUGAUAUCAAGUUUCAAACAUUCGAAUUGGUUAUCGGAAAUGCUUACAAUGAUGAUGAGAAAGGAAUGUUUGCUGAACUUUUAAAACUGAACCUGAAGGAUCGAUUUGCUAGGAUACGACUUGAACAGUUGAAACAGUUCAGGAAAUUAGGGUCAUGUGUUAAUGGAGCAAUCGUGAUCCUACAGUUUAUGCAACAAUAUGAUUUACAGGGAGAUUUCAGAUCUGUUGAAGAUAUUGCACAUCACUACGCAACAAACUUUUCGAUGAAUUCAUUUGAUCAAAGUCUGAUAAACACAUGUUCAUUCUUGGAGGAUAUGACUCCGGAAAGAGCCAAGUGUCUUGCAGCUUACGUGGAAUGUAAACCUUUGGUUAAGUGGUUGAACAAGACAAUGAAGAAACUAAAAGAAUUGAAGGUUUUUGUUGAUCUGGCCUUAAUAUCAGCGGGUGAUGAUCCAUUAAUGAUGGACAAAGUAGAAUGUCUUCAUACGGCAGUUACUGGAUAUGCGCCGCUCAUUUUUGAGCUAGAUCCAAUGUCGGACUACAAGGAUUUGCUUGAACGCUGCCAGGUUGUUUGGAAAGAAUUAGAGUCAAACGACAACCUUCCACAAAUGCUGAUUGAUACAAAUAAGGAGUUGGAAUGGCUGAAAGAUGUUGUAAAAGCACAUGGAUCCGUCGAGGUUACGUCUUUCAUGCAAGCCGAUGCUAUUAACAGUUGUGGUGUUUAUACUAUCGGAAAGAUGGCGCUAGAAAACUCAUUUAAACUCACAGUGCGAGAAGAAGCUGGGAAGCGACAGAAAAGAGACUACACACUUGUACAGCUUCAGGACUUAACCAGCCGGCUGAUGCUGGUCGCCGGAAAUACUGAAAACGGAAAUGAGAACGUUGAAAACUUCGUUAUGACAUUUGACGGUAUCAUGAGACUAUGCAAAGUAUAUAAUAAACUUUGUUCAGCCGGAUGCGUACUUUUCCACGAUUGGUCAGUAAGAUGUCUAUGUGAUAAAAGCAAGCCAGUUGCAUUGAUAAUGCAGUUUGGACAGGGUGAAGAUAUACCAACAAUUAAGGGACUAAGGUCAGAAACAGAAGACUUGAAGGAUUUGAUUCCGAAGCUUGCAAAAUUCAUGGAAAAUUGUUUAAUGCAGUGGUUGCAACAUAUAAAAGACAAACGCAAGCAGUACAUACAUCUAAAUUAUUUCACAGUAGAUCAGCUCGUAAUCCUGCAAAAAGAGCUUGUGAAAGUUGGAACUGAUCAACUCCCGUCAAAUCUUUUGUAUCCACUGAUUUCAGCAGUGAAAAAAAACUGUUCUCAUGAUGAUUUAGUGGAGGCAAUGAUUGAUGCAAAAGAGGAUAUUUCUGAAAGUAAACAUCAAGACGAACAUGAAAACAAUGAUGUUCAAGAAAAUUGCGAAGAUGAAAAGAAAAACAUAUUCGUAGAAGAAAUUGUUAACGCUGGAUAUGAUUUGGAAUUAGCAAUAAAAGCGCUUGACCAUGUUGAUCCUGAAGAUAUUUCUGAAGGUAUAGUAUGGUGCAUGACAAAUGAAGAUACAACAGAAGGCACUGAAAAUGCAAUUGGUUAUAGUGAUGGUCAGGCGAAAACGGAGCGUGAAGUAUCAGACUUCAGAGGUUGGAGUCAGUCUGGAACAUCUUUUUCGACCAUGAUCACUUCCAGUGUAUACAAACUUACUAAACGACUUGAUGCAGGCUCCGAGCCGUUACUCAACAAGCUGUUCACACUUUGGCAACAAUUUCUCCACUCUGUAACUUCAAACAUGCAAGAUUAUCUCAGCUUGGAACAUCUUGGCCUUAUCCUAAAACAUUUAGCAGCUAAAGAUUCAAGGCUGAUUAAAAGAUCACUACCGCCAAGCUUUUCAGUUGGAGAGCCAAACUUGCUUAUGUGUCCUUCAGCUGAUGUGAUAGUGACUACGUUAUCGAUGUACAUGCGAGACAGACACCAGCCAUUGCCACAGUCUGAUGAAAUUUUACUGUGUACAGACAAGACAACUAAAGAUGAGGUUGACAUUUUUUGGCGACGAGCAAUAUUUGGCAGGAGCUGCAAAAUUUAUUGUUUGAUGAAUGCUGAUGUUCUGCGAUACGAUGUCAGUGAAGCAGCAGAGAGGUGUCUUGAUGAAUAUUUGAAAGAGACUCAUUUUUCCAAAGAUAUGAACUACCAACUGAUUGUAAUUUGCGGUUCUGACAAUGAGUACAGAUCAACAAUUGUAUCGUCCCUUGACAAAUACAAGAAACAACCUCUUCCAAUUAAUAUUUCCCGCGUUCGCGAGUAUGUACAGUCAAAACUGCGAACUGAGGAGGAUGACAAUAUCGGAAUCACUCCUGCAGCCUGUAUUGACAGCGAACGAUCAACUGUACGGUUGAUAAAAUCGUGGAGAGCAGGUGUUGGAAAAUCACUUUUCAAGACGAGACAGGAGGAAAAACUAUUAUCUUUAAACAAAGAUAUUGAAGUUAGAAGAGAUAUUGUAUCCAUUCCGCUGCAUGAGAAAACUGUAGAUAUGCACAAUAUUAUACAGAAAUUACUUGAAUACACGCACACACCAUCGGAAAUGACAGCUAGACUGUAUCACAUAGAUAUUGCACAUGAGGUCGAAAAUGGUGUAGACAACCUUCUGUUCAAUCUCUGCAUCCUUGAAUGUUUAACAGACAAGGCUGGGUAUGUAUGGAGAAAAUCCCCUACAGAUAUCUAUCUGUUUGAAAAUAUGCCAUUAUUGGUGGAGGAAACAAACAAACGUGGAAAGGAAUUGCACUAUGUUCACGCAAUGCUGUCUAUUUUACCUGACCUGACAUGUAGAUCACCAAAAGAAAGCUUGAAUAUAUACAAAGGGAUAGGAAUCAGACCAAAUGAUUUCAAACAUUCAGAUCAACUUUUCGAUACAAAAAUGUUUCGAAGUCCAGUGUUUCAAAGAACAUUUCAGUACUUGCUUCGAUUAGAGCAUAACGCGACUUUUGAAGGUGUGCAUCCGCAUGUAUCAGAAGGAACACCUGAAAUGUGUUUGGAUGUUUUAUUGAGGUAUUGUGGGAUAAAGGAUCCUUCCUGGUCGGAGAUUCAUCAUUUUGUAUGGUUUCUCAAUACUCAACUUGAAGCAUUUGAAAAGAACAGCUUUGUUGGUCCGGCCGCUGAUCAACAUUUGCCUGGAUUUGGAACCUUUCUGCUAAGAUUUCUGAUCUUAAUGUCAAGAGACUUUUCUACACGCUCUCUCAACAUUAGUGAAGAAUCGCCUGGACUAAAACAUGAACAAGUAGAAGACGAUUUAGCAAAUUUCCACCAAGUGGAUGAAGAGGGCACUGAAAAUGGUGGAAAUCAAAGAGACCUUCAACAGUAUCAAAUGAGACGAACAUGGGAAAGCAGCCCCCAUCCUUACCUGUUUUUCAACUCGGACAGAGAAACAUUUACAUUUCUUGGAUUUUACAUCGACAAAGAUACUGGAAAUCUUGUUGAUAAACAGACCGAAACAGUUCUAGAGGAGGCAAUAAUGCAUCAAAAUUUGUACAAAGGCUUGAUUAGAAAUAAGGCUCCUUUGCAUGAAGAUUUUGACCAACUAGAGAGGCACGAGAAGAUCUUGAAGUUGUGCAAGGUCAUGGGUAUUGAUAUGGAACAUGAUCCGGAUGAUACAUAUGAACUAACAACAGACAACGUCAAGAAGAUGUUAGCGAUCUAUAUGAGAUUUAGGUGUGACAUUCCUGUGAUAAUAAUGGGGGAAACAGGGUGUGGUAAAACAAGAUUAAUAAAAUUUAUGUGUGCUCUACAAAUGCCACCAGGACUUCAACUAACUAAUAUGAUAUUAGUAAAGGUUCACGGAGGGACUACAUAUGAUGACAUUAAAAGAGAAGUAGGAGAAGCCGAAAGAAUAGCACAGGAAAAUACAGAAAAAUUUGGAGCACAUAUGUUCACAGUACUGUUCUUUGAUGAAGCAAACACUACAGAAGCUAUCGGACUUAUUAAAGAAAUCAUGUGUGACAAAAGUAUAGAUGGAAAGAAACUGAAAUUGUGUAAAAAUCUUAAAAUAGUUGCUGCGUGUAAUCCGUACAGAAAACAUUCAGAAAAACUAAUCAAAAAGUUAGAGCAAGCAGGGCUUGGUUACCAUGUUGAUGCUGAUGAAACAACAGACAGACUGGGCCGGGUACCGAUGAGACGUCUUGUGUACAGGGUCCAGCCUCUACCACAAAGUUUACUGCCACUAGUGUGGGACUUUGGACAACUGAACAGAAAAGUGGAAGAUCUCUAUAUUAGACAAAUGGUCAAAAGAUAUAUCCGAGACGAUUUGCUGCCUGAUGUACCUAGAUUGACCGAAGUAGUCAGUGCAAUCUUGACAGCUUCUCAGUACUAUAUGAGAGAACAAAAGGAUGAAUGCAGUUUCGUGUCGUUGCGCGAUGUGGACAGGGUUCUUUCUGUGAUGAGUUGGUUUUACGCUCAAAGUCAAGGUGAAAGAACUCUUUACAAACUCAUGGACGCGAAGUUUGAUGGUGAUGAUCAGGUCGACGAUUUAACCCGGUCCUUGAUUCUUGCAUUGGGAGUGUGUUACCACGCCUGUUUAAGAAAAAGAAAAGACUACCGCCAUUAUGUAGCACGCUAUUUUCGACAGCCAUGUGAAUUAACAAAUGGAGGAGACCAAAUUAAAAAUGAAAUUGAAUGUUGCCAGGACAUGUUCCUUGAUAAGGUCCAAUUAGAAAAUAAUAUUGCGCGCAACAGAGCUCUGAAAGAAAAUGUUUUUAUGAUGAUUGUAUGCAUCGAGCAAAGAAUUCCACUGUUUCUUGUUGGUAAACCAGGAAGUUCCAAGUCGCUAGCUAAAACUAUUGUUUCUGAUGCAAUGCAGGGUAAUUCUGCGAGGGAAGGACUGUUCAAGGAAUUGAAACAAGCACAGAUGGUAUCCUUCCAGUGUAGCCCAUUGUCUACACCAGACGGGAUUGUAAGUACAUUUAAGCAGUGUGCCCAGUUCCAGAAAGAGAAGAAUCUUCAGACAUUUGUGUCCAUUGUUGUACUGGAUGAAGUUGGACUGGCAGAGGAUAGUCCACGGAUGCCGUUAAAAACGUUACAUCCACUGCUCGAAGAUGGUUGUCAGGGAGAUGAAAAACCUGAAAAGUACAAAAAGGUUGCUUUUAUUGGGAUCUCAAAUUGGGCUCUUGAUCCGGCUAAAAUGAACAGAGGAAUUUUAGUUCAAAGAGAAGUUCCUAAAUUGGUUGAGUUGAAAAGUAGUGCUAGAGGUAUAUGUAAAGCGGACCAAGGUCUUGGAAACUUAAUACUACCAUUUAUAGAACCAAUGGCAAAAUCUUACCUUGAAAUAUUUGAAAAAGCUACUGCACAAAUGAGGGAAUUUUUCGGACUUCGUGAUUUCUACAGUUUAGUGAAAAUGGUGUUCAGGUUUGUUGAAAAAGGAAAAAGAAAACCAUCUUGGCACGAAAUGAUGCAUGCAAUUAUGAGAAAUUUCGGUGGUCUUGAUGGAAAAAAUGUAAACCCAAUAGAAAGCUUUAGGAGAAAUUUUGCCGCUGUCGACUUUGGAGAGCCAAGUGAAAGACAACCAGACAGCACUCCAGCUGGUCUUGUUGAAGCGUGCUUAUUUGAUACCUAUGAGAUGAACAGUGAAAGUCGAUACUUGUUGUUAUUAACGGAGAAUUAUGGAGCGUUGUCUAUAGUGCAACAGCUGAUCAUGUCCAGAAGCAGUAGACCUAUAACAAUAUUUGGAAGCAGCUUUAGAAGUGAUCAGGAGUACACACAAGUGUGUCGAAACAUCAAUAAGAUAAAGAUAUGCAUGGAGACGGGGAAAACAGUAGUAUUACUUAACCUUGAAAACUUGUAUGAGAGCUUGUAUGAUGCAUUAAACCAGUAUUAUGUCUAUUUUGGAGGAGCAAGAUAUGUCGACCUCGGCCUUGGCACGCAUCGAGUGAAAUGUCGUGUUCAUGAAAAAUUCAGAUUGAUUGUUGUUGCUGAGAAACAAACAGUUUACAAAAAGUUUCCUAUUCCACUGAUAAAUCGUCUUGAAAAGCAUUUCUUGACAAUCAGUACAGUUUUGUCCGAAGAGCAACUAGAAAUGGUGAAAGAUCUUGAAAACUGGACAAAACAAUUUAGUGCACAGAAAUUGACCCAUUAUGAUCAAAGAAACAGGAAUUUAAGAUUGAAAGUAGAAGAUGUGUUCAUCGGUUAUCACGAGGAUACGUGUUCUUCUGUCAUUCUACAUGUUUUUGGAAGAAACAAGACCUCUCGUGACGAUUCUGAUUUUAAAGAGAAGGUGUUGAAAGAGUGUAAGGCUGUGUUAUUGUGGAGUGCCACACCUGAUGCUGUUUUGAGACUUAAAAACAGUGAUUUACCUAGCGAAGAAGCAGCAAUGUACAAAAAUAUGUAUUUCAAGAUUCAAGCUCACCAAAGUUAUAUGCAUUAUCUGACACAUGCAAUGAAUUGUAAGGGUUCUGAAAACCAACUGUUGGUCCAGAUCACUACACAUUCGAAUCUGUUAAACAUGGCCCACAAGGAAAAGAUAUGUUUAUCAUCAGGUAUACAGGAUGAUAAAAUUUUGAUGAUUGAAAAUUUGUCUUCCUUUGAUACUGAACAGCAAUUCAGCAACAAGUUAAGGCAUCACUUCAAAACGAUGGAAAAUGAACCAAACCUGGUAGUGAUUCAGUGUGACUCAGGAGAUAUGAAUACUAAUUUAAUAGCUUGUGCAAGGUAUUGUGUACAGGAUGAGCUCGAAAAAAUGAGUGACAGUGUUUCGACCAUUACACACGUCGUUUUUAUAGUACAGCUUCCACGAAACGGCCGAUUUCCUGGUUUCCAGUGUGGAGCCUGGCAGUCUGUCCAUAUCGAUGAUCUGAUUCCUGAGAAUUUACAAAUGCCUGCUGUAGAGGAUAUGUCAGGGAGAUCUGCGGCAAGCUUGUUAAAGGAAGCCGUUAAUGGCUUCAUGGAAAACGAUUCCAGGACAUAUGAAGAGGAAACAUGUACACUCUAUGAGAGGAAAAGUGUUGCAGAAAGGCGGAGUGAAGAUGACAUAAUUGCAUCUAUGGACAGUCUUGAAACUCUCGGAUUGGAAAGUCGACUUCCUUUUUCUGAUGAAAGUACACAAGUACAAUUAAAUGACGGUAUUUUAGACGUCAAGCAAAUUGAUGAAAAAAGCCGAAGGAUAAGGGAGACUAAAAUAAACAUUAAGGCACUAAUUCUGUCAUGUGUCCAAGCGGCAUUGUCUAAUGUCAAGGAUAGAAAUGACAACACGGAUAGAGAAACUGAUCGUGUUACAUUGAUACUGAAAUUAUUAGAUAAUAAGGAAGGAACGGAACAGUCAUUUUUGCGUGGUAUUACCAUGCUUAUAGUCACUAUGCUGGAAGCAAAAGAGGCAGAGGCAGUAUUUGCUAAAUCUGAAGACUGGAUAGUUUUUGAAGCCUCUAAUAUAGACUCUAUAAGCAAAACAGGGACACUAAGGAGGUCAUGUACAAGGAUUCUGGAAAAUAAGGUUGCACCAAUUUUAGCAAGUAUUAUUGCUUUCCUGGAUACAAACUGUAACCUAGAUCUGAUUGGAAGUGAUCAAAGUUCGUGGAAACGUGAUCUCUGGCUUGCUAUUCUUCAUUCACCAGAGGCACUGAACUUACAGUACGCAGAUCUGAAACUCAGAGAAAGCAUCGAAGUGAUCGUUAAAACAACUGGAUGCGAUGGUCAUAUAUUCAGUGCCUGCAUGCCUUUUUCCUGGUCAUUUAUUUCGCAAAUAUCUGAAAUAAUGAAAGUGGAAUUGAAUCAUCCAAAUGAUGAUGAAACAGGAGAUGACUCUAGGGUUGAAUCAUGCUGUAGGGUUCUGGAACAACAUCCGUUAUUCAUUUUACUUGAGGAGAUUACACAAGGAAAUCACAAUGAAGAGAUUGUCAACAUUUAUAUCCAGGACUUUGUUCACGUUGUUUACAAUCCUGGAACAGCUGAAGAACAUCUGUUAGUGUGUCAAGCAUUAGAAUAUGCUGCAAAGAAACUGACAAACAACUUGAAACAAAGUUUAACACUGUCGUUAAUCUGUGUGCAUAUGGCACAUGAAGAACUAGCUCCAAGACUAGUUUACUUCAGAGCAAUGAACAGUGUAUGUCCUGAAUGUAGUUCAAGAAUCAUAGAGCUAAAGCAAAAACAGCCAGACCACUUUAUGUUCCAGGAAUAUGAGUUUACAUUCCCUGCCGUGUGCAUGUUGAUCGAAAUGCUGGCACCACAAAAGUCAGAGAUAGAUCAAGAUCAGGGAAGAGUAAACUGGUUGAAGAAAGUAUACACUUAUCGACCAGUUGUUGAAAAAGUUAUCAGUCUACAAAGAAACGAAGACUUUUAUUCAGCUUAUAGUAUUAGAUCAUUGCAAAGGGCAAGAGAAUUAUGGAGUAGAGUCGUAGUUGUGAAAUUGUUUUUGGAGCACAUUUGCAAUACUGAUAGCAAGAGCAAGAUAACAGUAAAAUAUUGCAUGCCGUUGUGGACAACUCUUGGGGAGGAAACAGACAUGAAGCAGAUGAAGUCAUUUGCAAAAGUUGAAAGAUUUUUGAAAAGUUGCAACAAAGGAGCAAUAAAGGAAUACGUAGGUGCUGAGGAGGAAUGCAGCCAUUGUGAAAGAAUGUUAGAAGGUCCUCCAAUUACGCUACCAUGUAAUGAUGUAGUAUGUGAUGGCUGCUAUGAAGAUGUUAAGGCGUUAGGAAAAUAUGAAUGUGCGAAGUGUCACCAGAUUGUGCCACCUGGAUUCCGAUUAGAACGACGGGAAGAUGAAGGCAAUUUUCAUGAUAAGCUGAGAGAUUACCAGAAGAGAUGUAACACAUUUUUCAUGGAUGUUGUUUCGCAAUUGUGCUUUGCCGAUAACUGUGCCCCGUCCCCGGAAGUGGUUGACCGCUUGUUUGGAUAUGUCUUUUUUAAGACAAGUGGACAAAAUAUCCGAACAAAGGACUGGACAAUAUUUGACACAGGAAUAGACCCAAAUCCAGUGUUCAGAUCAUAUCUUCUUCAGCUUCUAAUUAGAUCCAACAAAGAAAGUAUUUGCGAGAACUUGGAUACAUACAUUGAGCAAGCAAAGAACUUCAUUGGUGAAAAUCCAGCAGAACAAGAAAGUCAUUGCAUUGAACUUAGUCUUCUGAUCAUUCAAUGCUUAGAGGACAUGUUCACCGAACAGGCAAAUCUUGCAAAUGAAAAUGAAGAGGUCGACUUUGUGGUUCGUUCAUUGAGAAGUGCGAAAGUCAUGAUUGAUGGCACUAAUCUUAGCGCAAGCAAAUUGUAUUCUAUUGCUAAUGCUCGGAUGGGCUUAGCAAAGACCGCCAAAUAUAUCGCACGUGUUGUCGAGAGCGGUGUUAGUAUAACAGCAGUGCCAUUGAAAAUCAAAAGAGUUAUAGAGGCAGCGCAAAUACUUUUCGAAGAGACAAAUGCUAAGUGGACAAGAAUAUACCUCGUUAAAUACAUAUGCCGAGGUUAUGGUGUAGACAUAUACAGGACAUUAUGUAGGAGUCAAGCCCCACUUUUAAGAUGGAUUGCUAUAAAAGAUAUGAAUAUUGAAAAGGUUGUCGAAGUUUCUGACAGAUACGUGGUUUGUGGAAAACCAUACGUUACUAUACGGGAGGCUUUGACCAAGGUUGUUCUCGGGGAAGCAAUUGAUCCCCUUACCAAUGUUCUUACCGAGUUACUACAAACAGCUGGAGUCAAAGUAGAGACGUUGUUUACACUUGCGGUACACAGAGAGGUGACCAGCUCAUACCUGUAUCCACAAAAUCAAAGGAAACUGACGGAAAAUGUCUUGACUACCUUAAUGACGUUAUUUGCUGAAAGCCAAAUGUUUAGAAACAAGGAAUUACUGAGAUCCCUAAUUGAAAAUCAGAUGGUUCCAAGAACACUUAGAUGUGAAGAAGGCGAGGACCUGCUUCAGCAGGGCUUGAAAUGCAUUAUACUUCAUUUUCAGUCAGUCUUUUUAAAUUUGGAUUGUGAAAGAACACUUCUUCAGCCUUUGAGGACUUUAAUGACAAGUCCACAAUCGUGCACUAACUGGUUUUUACCUACCAUGCCACAGGAUGAUCUGGAGGAUGUUAAAGUUGCUUUACUAGCUGCGCGUAACCAGAUAAGGGGUGCUGAUCAUAACCCAGUUUUUUACAGAUGUCCAAAUGGCCAUCCAUAUGUUAUUGGCAAUUGCGGUCGAGCUGUUGAAAGAGCUUAUUGUAGAGAGUGUGGUGCUGAAAUUGGCGGUCAAAGACAUCAUAUCCUAGCGGGAAACACUAAGGAUAUGGGAACUGAUAGAACAGAGACAGGGCAUAUACUUGGUCAAGCUGCUACAAGAGGCCGCGAUCCUAAACCGGAAAGGCUCAUGACCCCAACUAGUUGUGCAAUUGUUAGAUGUUUACUACACAUUGCUAUGUACUUGGGAACGAAGGAAAAUUCACAGGGGGUACAGAAUCUAAUAAAACCAGAUAUAGAAGAAUAUGAAGUUGAACACUAUUUGUGGCGACAUAUAAAGAUUGAUAUUGAUACGCUUUGCAAGGCUCUGAAUCGAAGUACUGAUGAUGUUCUGCUGUUUAUGCAUCUAGUUAUUGAUAACAUUUUCAAUGCACACCAGGAAGACGCUGAAGUAACAUAUGAGGUUUUGCAGUUGAUAACAAAAGAGGGACGUUCAAAAUGGGAAACUCUUUUCUGUUCAAGAUUACUUCAAGGUGUACUAAAGGUUACUGAUGAAGCAUUGAAAACAAGUAGUCAGUUUAUAGCAAAAGACAAAAGAUUAGGAGCUGACCCUCUUCUAUGUUUGUUGUACGAAACGGACACCCAAACAGAGAACGAACAUACAGCAGAAUUACAUAACAUGCCUCGUGUCUGGAGAUACAGAACUACCAUUUCCCUUCAACAACUAAGACAGGAAGUAGAUGCCAGCAGCCCCAAUAAACAUAAAGUUCUGAAAUUGUUUCUGGAAGAGGAGCACCGUCUUAGGGCUAUAAGAUAUAUACCAAGUAUCCUUCAUCUACAUCGGAUGUUAUUGAGCAAAUACUAUAAAAAGAUUGACAAGACCGAGGCUUCGAAUAUCACAUUUGGGAUGCUUGCUCAAGAACAAGUUGCCGGCAUAGAAACAGAAGCACUGCUUCAAGACUUUAAACAUUUUGGAAAUACAUCAUUGAUAUCUAAAGUUUUACCGAAGGAUGUGACAUCGGCCCAUUUGAUAUGUUUUGAUCCACAACAUGAUUUGCUACCACUACUUUUGGCUAAUUGUCAUUACUCAUUUGAGCUUGGAAAAGGAACAAAAAUUGAGUAUAAUUUGACUGGCCUUGAAAGGCAACUGAUGGACAGAUUCCUUUUCUCAAAGUCCAUUAUAGAUGUGGGACGCUAUUUGAUGAUUGACACUAUGGUAUACAGAACAGAAAUAACCGAUGCUGUAGUCUUUAAAAGGCUGGAAGACAAAAUUCCUCAGGUGACGUUAGAUUCUACGGUAAGGACACAAAUAUGUAAUGAUAUAAGACAUUUACCGGAGUUAUGGCAAUCCCUGACAAACACUGACAUAGCCAUUAGCUUUCUCAAAACAACAGGUGGACACCCAGAGCAAAAUUUACAUGCUUUUAUGACAGAUACACUUCAGAUGGAGUCUUCUAUUCCAAGUCGUAAAGCACAACAGAUAUGUGAGUUCCAGCACAUAAAAUCCCUAUGGUUAUUGUUGUCUCUGCAGAAAGCGAAGAAAAUGUCAGACUCUGACAAGGGUAGCAUGUCUAUAUUUGAGAGCGUUCCACCAGAAUUUCAUGAAGAUAUUUCUGAAGAAUUGCUCACGACCUUCACGAACUACACACAGUCGCUUUCUAUAGAAAGGCUUACUGAACUUGUAGAAGCUAUUCACGAGUUUAUUCUACUAGUAGUAGCCGUGAAACAGAAUAUGGACGAUAGUGAUGCCAUGUAUACAACUGAAAACAAGAUAAGUGAAUGGUUGUAUGGAUAUAUGGACAGUCUGGAUAAUCCAUGCAUUGAUUUAGAAGUACUUGGAGAUUUUCCGGAAGAAUUGUUGUUCAAACACAGCGUCAAGUUAUGGAUGGUAACUUACAGUCAGUUAAAGAUAAAGCUGACACGGAGUGCUGAAAGGUUUUAAGAAGAAGAAGAAGAGUCAUUUCAAUAAAAAAUGAACUUUUUAUGAAAUUGAUGUAUUUUGAGUGACUAUUGUGAACACAGUGUUAUUGGAGUGACUGUUUUAAGCAUAGAGUAAAUGAAGUUGCCAUGAUUAUAGAACUUAUUCAUAAAAACUUGUAAAGCAUUUGUUUGGCAGUUAUCUCACAAAAAUCGUGUGUUAAAGCUAUUAAACCUUAGUUUACUUAUAUCAUGAUAGUUUAAUGCCAUAUUCGUGAAUUUUGUGUCAUGUUGUGUUAGUAUCAUUAUUGUUUCGGCUGCACUGAAGUGAGUCAUGUUUUUUUUUUAAGUUUAUUGAUCUUUAUUAUUUUUUAUGUUGUAUAAGGUUUUGUGAUGAUACAAUUAUGAUUUCUGAACAUUACAUUUAUAAUAAUGGUACUGUGUCAUUGAUACAAAAUCUCUCAUUCAAGCCUCAUUGAUUGGAUAUUUUUCGUUGAUGACAACCAUCCCAUCUAAAUUAUAUAAUCAUGUUAUCAACAAUACACCAGAUCACAUAAGCUGGCUUGCGAUAACUUCACUGACAGUAUAUAUUUAUAUAUUUUUUCAUUCUUACUUUUCUUAACCUACAUGAACCUUUUAUUUUGCUUAAAUUAUGUAAUAUAUCCAUCUGUUAUAACUUUGUAACAUUAUUAUGUCCGUCUCAGUACAGUAAGAGGUUGAUUGUGUAGAGUAUGACUGAGUUAGUAGAAUAAUCAGAUAAUCUUACGUGUGUAUAAUAUAUGAACAGAACUGUUUGCUCAUAGUUGAGAAUUGUAAGUGAAGUACGAGAUCUUAUAUAUUUAUGUAUGUUUGAAGUGUUUGCGUUAUUCAUUAUCUUAUUUAUUUAAGAUUUAUUGUAACAAUGUUAUUGAUGUUUUGAUAAAACAUAAUAAUACUGUUGAUUUCAAAUCCAUGUGAGAAAAUGUUUUUGAAUAUUUUAAUUACAUGUAGCUGAAAGUCACAACAGUGGAGUAGGUUUGCAUAUACAUUGAUAUACAUGAUUAUUGUCUGGAGCACGUUUCCAAUCCAUUAUUUGAUACAAUGUUUUUAAUAAAUUGGAUAUUUACUUUUUAUACUUGGAUGUAAAUGUUGCUUACUGAUAUUUGACAAUCAAUGGCAACUGUAAAAAGUUUUAUAUACUUAUUGCAUCAUGUUUAAUGGCAUUGUAAACAAUGUAUAAUUCUUAUAAGAAUGCUUAAGGCAAAGGAUUUUUAUUUGGUUGAUACACCGAGGAAAAAAGUUAUUUGUGCUUUUUAUAUUUGCUUUUGCAUUUGCAUGCCUCAUUGUAAGAAUAAGAUUAUAUCAACUGCUUACUCAUUAUAAUGGAUUUAUAUUACAUGUAAUAUAAAUCCGUGUCAUUAUGUAGCAUUUCUCCUUGAAUAAUAGAAAUUAAAUGUUUCUUUUCCUGAGCCUUUACGGAGGUGAAAGUAAUGGUUUGUUGAUUGUUUGAUAGUAAAGCUAAGUAAGCAUAUUGAUUAUUAUUUAGCUGUACAAAAAUGAUUGCUUGUAAAAAUAAGCAUAUUUAUAUCUUUGUUAUAUCAUUACCUUGUGUGAAUGGUUUGAUAAAUAGUUGUUCUAAAUAAAAUGGAUGAUUCGUAAA